CCCCGCCCCGCCAGCGAGGACUGCCCCUUUUCCCCGGCGCCCGCCCCCCACCCCCCGCGCCCCAGGUGAGCCCCGGGGUCUCAGGUAAGGCUGCGCGAUACAGGUAAGAUUCCCUCGGCGGAGAUGAGGUCUCAGCGCCCCCAGGUGAGAGCCCCUCCCUUAUUAGGUAACCCUCCACCUUCAGCAGGGCCUCCAGUCUCCUCCAGGUGAGGGACCCUCUGUCCAGGUGAACUCCCUGGUCCCCAGAGUAACCCCACCCGCAGUCCAAAUGAAGUCCUAAGGACCUGCCAGUUCCUAACUUCCCGUGCUCCCCCCUGAACUGGGACUGACAUUCACUCUAAAGCCCCUUCCUCCAGCUUCACCUGGCAGGUCAACAGGGGUGAAGCUGAAAGCAGGUGGGUGACUCACCUUGAGCUCCUCCUAGACUCAGUUUCCCCGCUGAUGCAACCUGAGGCCUCCUCACUGAGUCAAAACUAAAACGUCUCUGGUCCCUGGCGAGGCUGCUGGCUCUGGGGAAAGGAGAGAGCAGCCAAGUGUGACAGAGUCCCCAUGGCUCUGGGUGUGCCUGCAUGUGUGUGGCCUGGGUCCUGACAGCCUACCUACUCCCUCCCUGGCAGGCACUGGGCUCCCUCUGCUCCCCGUGGGCCGCUCCCCGCGUGGGGCCACUGCCCCUGGCCCCCGCCAUGGUGCGGAUUUCAAAGCCCAAGACGUUUCAGGCCUACUUGGAUGAUUGUCACCGGAGGUAUAGCUGUGCCCACUGCCGUGCUCACCUGGCCAACCACGACGACCUCAUCUCCAAGUCCUUCCAGGGCAGUCAGGGGCGUGCCUACCUCUUCAAUUCUGUGGUGAAUGUGGGCUGCGGGCCAGCCGAGGAGCGGGUGCUGCUGACAGGCCUCCAUGCUGUCGCUGACAUCCACUGUGAGAACUGCAAGACCACUCUGGGCUGGAAAUAUGAGCAAGCCUUUGAGAGCAGCCAGAAGUACAAAGAGGGGAAGUACAUCAUUGAACUCAACCACAUGAUCAAAGACAACGGCUGGGACUGACCCCUGCUCCUGACACAUGUGGCUCCAGCCUGGCCUGGCCGCCAGGGGGCGCCACUGGCUUCCCUCCGCCUGAAGGGAGCUCUCAGGGCCCCUGCAGAGGAAGGAUCCAGCUCCUGUACAUAUAUUUUAUUGCAUGCACUGUGACCUUGGGGGGAGAUCGGAAGGGGGACGACACCCCCACAUUUCCCUGCGAUCUGGCUGGCUUGGAUCUCGUUUUUAACCCCUUCCUGUCCCGCCUGCCCCAUAGAUAUGGCCUAUGUGCUGCUCUCUUGGCCCCAGUACACCGUCUGCCCUGUGAACUUCUCCCACCGAGCCCCUCUUACCCCACGCGUGUCUGUUCCCCUCGUUCUGUAGCGUUUGUAUAUAAUAAAACAAUGGAGUGGAGACAGCCCCAGGCUCACGUGGA